AUGUUUAUUAGAAAUGUUAAAUUGAUAAAACUAGCUCCAGUGAGGCUAGCCUCGCCAUUAGUGUCUGGGUCGUCUCUUUCUAGUUCAAUUAAGAUACCCAGUAUUAGAUAUUUCACUCACCAAUCACAUUCUAAUUUUAGAUCUAGCUCAUCAUUAUUGUCAGCUUCAAUAUCACCCAAAUCUUCACCAAAAGCACCAUCCUAUGUAAAACCACCAAGACAUGACAAUGAUAGUAGUAGCAGUAGCAACAGUAGUGAAUCAUUCAUGUUGAAAUCAUUAUUUAAAACCAUUUGGCCAAAGAACAAUCUCAAUUUCAAGAUUCGUGUAAUUAUUGCAUUAUCUUUAUUAGUUGGGGCCAAAGUUUUAAAUGUACAAGUGCCGUUUUAUUUUAAACAAAUCAUUGAUACAAUGAAUAUCGAUUGGACUAAUGAGGUUGGGAUAUUUCUGACGGUUAUUGGUAGUUUAAUUUUAGCUUAUGGUGGGGCUCGUUUUGGUGCUGUGUUGUUUGGUGAAUUACGUAAUGCCAUUUUCGCUAGUGUAGCUCAACUGGCAAUUCGUCGAGUUGCUUAUAAUACUUUUGUUAAAUUAUUGAAUAUGGAUUUACAAUUUCAUUUGAGUCGACAAACUGGAGGAUUAACUCGGGCUAUUGAUAGAGGUACUAAAGGUAUCAGUUAUGUUUUAUCAGCUAUGGUGUUUCAUAUUAUCCCUAUAACAUUAGAAAUUUCUAUUGUCUGUGGGAUAUUAACCUAUAAUUAUGGUGCUUCGUUUGCUGCCAUGACAUUUGCUACCAUGUUAGCGUAUUCGAUUUUCACUAUUCAAACCACAGCUUGGAGAACUAAGUUUAGACGACAAGCUAAUAAUGCUGACAAUCAAGCAGCCAAUGUGGCAUUGGAUUCGUUGAUUAAUUAUGAAAGUGUCAAGAUUUUCAAUAAUGAAUUAUAUCAAGCAUCGAAAUAUGACAAGGCAUUGAUGAAAUAUCAACAAUCAAGUGUGAAGAUUGCUACUAGUUUGGCUUUUCUUAAUAGUGGGCAAAAUUUUAUAUUUACUCUGGCAUUGACAGCAAUGAUGUAUUUGGGAUGUCAAGGUGUUUAUACAGGCGAAUUAACUGUCGGUGAUUUGGUAUUGAUUAAUCAAUUGGUGUUCCAAUUGAGUGUCCCAUUAAAUUUCCUUGGUUCAGUUUAUCGAGAAUUGAAACAAUCUUUAUUGGAUAUGGAAAAUUUGUUCCAAUUACAGAAUCAACCAAUCAGAAUUAAAGAAAUACCAAAUGCUCCGCCCCUUAGAUUAAACAAUAACCAAUCUUUGCUGCUGCCUGGAGAAAUUAGAUUUGAGAAUGUGCUGUUUGGUUACCAUCCAGAUCGUCCAAUAUUAAACAAUGCUACUUUUACUAUCCCUGCAGGACAAAAAGUUGCCAUUGUCGGACCAUCCGGGAGUGGUAAAUCGACGAUAUUACGAUUGAUUUUCCGAUUUUAUGACAUUGAUCAAGGUCGUAUUUUAAUUGAUGGACAAGAUAUUAGUAAAGUUCUGCUAGAAUCAUUACGUAAACUAAUAGGGAUUGUUCCUCAGGAAACUCCAUUGUUUAAUGAUACCAUAUUAGAAAACAUUCGUUAUGGAAGAUUGGAUGCCAGUGAUGAAGAAAUACAUCGAGUGAUAAAUCAAGUUCAAUUAAAUAAAUUGAUUGAUGAUUUACCCGAUGGGGUUCAAACCAUUGUUGGAGAACGAGGAAUGAUGAUUUCUGGAGGUGAAAAGCAACGAUUAGCCAUGGCUAGAUUAUUAUUGAAACGAGCUCCAAUUACAUUUUUCGAUGAGGCAACAUCAGCAUUGGACACUCAUACCGAACAAGCAUUAUUGAAAACCAUUAGACUGAUAUUUAAACAACAACAUCAAACUAAUGUAAGUAUUGCUCAUCGAUUGAGAACUAUUGCUGAUGCCGAUAAGAUAAUUGUGUUGAACAAGGGGAAAGUAGUAGAGGAAGGGACUCAUUGGCAAUUAUUGAAUGAACAACCCAACUCAUUGUACGCUCAAUUAUGGAAUAUUCAAGAGAAUUUGGAUAUUGAGAAGGAAUUAUUACAAAGAGAGGAAGAAGAAAUUGAUGAAGAAGAAGCAGAGAAAUUGAAACUUAUACAUGAAAAGCAAGAAUUGGUACAAGAAGCAAAAUUGUUUAGUAGUCAAGACUCUGAAAAAAAAAAAAAAAAAGAAAGACAGUAA